CUUAGUAGCCUGAUUUACGCGAGUCUUCUUUGUUAAAUAUUACUGUAUUUGCUUGAGGGUCUAGAUGAAGGGAAAAAUAGCUAAAUAAAUCACAAUAUUUAUUUUACAUAUUUAUUUAAAAAAAAACAGGUAUCAAUUUUGAUACUUCAGGCAUUAUGGCCAUAAAGAAAUCUUAAAUGACCUAUGCAUGAAAUAAUGCGAAACAUCGAUUGUUUUUAUUAUCGCAUAACGAUACUUUGCAUUUUUUACAGAACCAGGAGAAUGAGUGUUGCCAGCUUUAAUAAUUUGGUUAAGACCUUAAAACCACAUUUAAAGAAGCAGUAUACCAAUUUCAGGAACCCUUUGGAACCGAUCGAAAUGAUUGGUAUUACAUUGAGGUACUUGGGCAGCGGAAAUUCGAUAAACGACUUGCAUUUCAAAUUUAAACGUGGAAGAGCAACAAUUUCUAGAACUAUUUCGUCAGUUUGUCAAGCUAUAUGGAAAUAUGUUCGACCACAGUACAUAGAAGAGAUCACAAUAGAAAAACUUCAAAAUAUUGCAUUAGAUUUUGAUCUCAAAACUAACUUUCCUCAUUGCUUCGGGGCAAUUGAUGGGAAACAUAUACGUUUAAUAAAACCAGACAAAAGUGGCUCUCUGUUUUAUAAUUAUAAAAAUUAUUUUUCUAUUGUUUUGCUAGCGGUUGUUGACUCAAACUAUAAGUUUGUUUUUGUCGACGUGGGUGCAUAUGGAAAGGAAAGUGAUUCUACUAUUUUUAGAAAUUCGACACUGUACAAGAUUUUAAUGAGAAAUGAAUUACCAUUGCCUGAUCCUCAACCACUUGGAAAUGACCAUAAUAACGAGCCACUAAUCCCUUAUGUACUCGUCGGUGAUGAAGCUUUUGGUUUAAGUAAGCAUGUUAUGCGCCCAUACGGCGGAAACAAUCUCAAUGUGAAACAGAGAGUUUAUAAUUAUCGCCUCAGCAGAGCUCGUAGAUAUGUGGAAUGUGCAUUUGGGAUCAUGGCAAAUAAAUGGCGCAUUUUGCAUAGGCCAAUUGAUACAUCAUAUGAUUUAACUAUUAAUAUUGUAAAAGCAUGUUGUGUUUUACAUAAUUUUGUUACACAACACGAUGGUUUACGACAACAAGACGAUAUGGCAAUAAAUAGGUUCCCACAAUUGAGACCUCAUGCUAAUGAAGAAUCAUUAGCCGAAAAUUUUAUCAGAGAUCAAUUUGCUAAUUACUUUAUGAGUCCAGAAGGGGCUUUACCAUGGCAGUUGAAAAAAAUAUAAAUUAACUUAUGUAUUGAAUUUAUAAAUAUCGAAAUAAAU